AUGCCUCACCUCCCGUCUGUCGACGACGCCCAGGACGAACGGGAGCUCGUGUUCCCGCCCGUCACCAAAGACCACAUCCAAAACUGCUCGUACGACGCGUGGUUCCCCAAGUACCGGAGCUCAUGCCUCAAGUCGCGCAUCAUCCCGCUGCCCCCCAGCGUCGUGUCCUAUCUCCAGGAGGACGGCAUCGUCUUGGCGGACGAGGACGGCGGCGGCACGUUGUCACAGGAGGAGGAGGAAUGGCACCCGUCUACCAUCAGUGGUCCUCUACAAGCACGUCACGAAGAGCAAGACUCGUCAUCAGACGAGGACGAGGCGCCUCGACUACCCCCCAACAAGAGGUUCCCCGAUACGCACCAGCUGAUCAAGGACACUAUUGCCGAGCUCGGGGGCGCCGUGGCUCCGAAGCUGAACUGGUCGUCGCCUCAGGAUGCCAAGUGGAUAUCGCCGCACCAAAACACGCUCAAGUGCACGUCGCCCAACGACGUCUACCUCCUGCUGAAGUCGUCGUCGUUUGCCUCGCACGACCUCGCCCACGCCUUUGACGGCUGCACGGCGGCCCCUCCGUCGCGGCCCCCGGCGCCGGUCCUCGUGCUGCGGCCCUUUUUCAUGCCGCACGUGGCCCUCGAGUUCCGCUGCUUCGUCAAGCACCGGUCGCUCAUUGCCAUUACACAGCGGGACCUCAACUACUACGCCUUCCUCGACGGGCUGCGGCCGCACAUCUGGAGCAAGAUCUGGUCCUUUUUCAGGGCAAAGCUGAGGCUCACGUUCCCCGACGCCAGCUUUGCUUUUGACGUCUACAUACCCGAGGACCCGCUGGCGGAUGGCGGGCUCGGCAGGGUGCGGCUAAUGGACAUUAACCCGUGGGCGCCGCGGACCGACACGCUACUGUUUUCGUGGAAGGAGCUGUUGGGCAUGGAGGUGGCGUCCCCGCUAUACGGGUCGUCGGAGGCUGGAUUGGAUGGCAGCGGAGACGAGGAGGAGGGAGGGGACACGGGGGCGGAGGAUGCCGACAGUCAGGACGGAAUGCCGGAGCUGCGGCUGGUGGAACGAGACGACCCGGCGGCCUACAACUUUAGCUCGGCGCAGUUCUCGGCGCACAAGCUGCCCAAGGAGGUGGUGGACGCGGGCAUGUCGGGCGAGGGCGGGCUGCGCGAGUUUGCGCGGCAGUGGAAGGAAAUCACCGAGGGGAGAGGCGGCGACGUGUGGGAUAACGUGCCAGAGCGUAAUGCCUGA